AUGGUGAAGCUGUACAGCAUCAGUAUUCUGUACAAGGGGACAGAGAGCACCAGGACACUCAAGUCUGCGUAUGACCUGCAGCAGUUUGGUUACUUCCAGCGGGGCUCCAUCCAGGAGUUCAUGGCCUUCACCAGCAAGAUCAUCACGGAGAGGAGUAACCCAUGUUCCAGGCAGUCCAUCAAGGAGCAAGAGUACAUGUGUCACGUGUAUGUGCGUGCUGACAACCUGACAGGCGUGGCCAUCUCAGAUCACGAGUACCUAUACCGAGUGGCCCACAACAUGUUGAACAAGGUACUGGACGACUUUGCAGCCAAGGUUCCCCCUCACUUGUGGCCCAACACGGAGGAGAAUAUGGUGCCCUACCCUGACCUGCCGGCCACACUCGCCCUCUGGCAGAACCCUCGUGAUGCUGAUUCCCUCACCAAGGUGCAGGAGGAGGUGGAAGAGACCAAGAUUAUCCUACACAAUGCCUUCACUGCUGUCCUUGAGAGGGGAGAAAAGCUCGAUGACUUGGUUUCAAAGUCGGAAAAUCUCAGCUCACAGUCCAAAAUGUUCUACAAGACUGCCAAGAAGACUAACUCUUGUUGCAGCUUUGGAUAACAGGCUGCUUUGCGUGUGGGCUGGGCCAAGGCAGUGGUGGUGGUGGAGGAGCCCGAGGGAGACAUGAAGGUCGGGUGUAAGUGUCUCCUUCAGUUAGCAAAAAGUAUGUGACCCACAACUCCACCCUUCAUGAGAUGCCAGGCUAACCAGGUAACAGUAAGAGCAAUACCAAUGGAUUAUUAUGUAUUAAUGAUGACUGGACAGAAGUUGGAGUAUAAAUAUUUUUUGAAUUUUUAUUUUUACCCUCUGAUGAGGAAACCCCACAGAUAUUUGUCCAGAUGUGCUCCACCAGGGCUAUCUGGGUGAGCAGGCUAUGUUUUAGCUGCAAUUGUGAUGAUGGAAAAGAAAAUAUUUUUUUAAAAAUAAUGCUUGCUAGGAAUUUUAACUUUAUGAACAAACCAUUCCUGCAAUAUGUUGAGGACACUUACAAGUUGCUUCCAGCUGUGCCUAGUGCACAGGAAAGCACUAAUGUUGACAAAUUAAGCUAUAUUAUUAAAUUGUUAGGUUACAAAUUUUGAAAAGGUGCUAUAACCUUUAAUUCUUCUGUAAAAUGUUGUAUUUAUUAUAUCCCAUGUGGCCAGUGUGACGGCUUUCCAUUUGAAAUUAAAUGAGUCUCAUGUUUAAGAAUAGGAGCUUGAUAGACCACCAUGUGAGGGUCAGUAAGGCUCUGGUGCCAGCCAUGCAUGUAAAGUAUUAAGUUUUGGUUAUCUUCAUCCUGUCAUUUCCUUCAUUGGGAAUAUGUUCAAUGUAAUAAAGUAAUUUUUAGUUUAUUUUAGAGGAAUAUUCUAACCUCAUGUGGCUCAGGUGUGGAUGGCAAAGUCAGCCUGUGCUUUCCAUCAGCCUGCUGUCCAUAUAACACUGAUUGUGAACAUUGAAGUGUCUCUGUGUGAGCCAAUUAACUGUUAAAGUGAAGGGAGGCAUUAGUAUUGCUUGUGUGUUUCAUACAGACUGCAAGGUCACAGGACUAUUAAAGCUGAUUGUGCUGCUAUGUGUGUUUUGUGUAUGUAUGUGUGUGCAUGUAUGCAUAACUGUCCCAUUGAUGGUUUCCUGUUUGUGUAUCAGUGUGUGUGUGUGUCAUUGCAUGUGUGUGAGUGAUGUGCUUUGCUGAUUUGUUGCUUGGUGUGUCAAGCCUGUCUAGAUAUUGGUGUGUGUUAACAGGAAUCCCCAUGUGUUUAAGUGUGCAGCAUCAAUUGUGUCUUACUGUUACUCAGUCUGAGGUGCACCAAGGUCUGGGAACACAAGGUUAGAGCAUGGGAUAUCAUCACUUAGGCAGAAAUAAGAACAUAGGAGAAUAUUGGAAGUUGAAAAAAACCAUGAGGCCUACAAGUGGCUAUCUAUGUGAAGUAAUGCCAUGGCUCAAAGUUCUACCUGUUUAAAUGCCAAACUAUGUAGUGCAUGUUUGACAUCUCACCUUCAUGCUCACACCUUGUAUUUUGAAAGGCCUGCAGAGUGCAACUCAAGUACUGUGAGUGCAUGUGUGGCCAUGUGGUUUAGCAGCAAGAAAACAUUGACACUGAUACUGUCAGAAGGUUAUAUAGCAUUAGAACUAAACAUCUCGCAAUACUUACUGCAAUGCUGAAUACAAUAUAUUGAUAUCACAACUAGUUUAUCACUCAGAAUUGAGUGAAUGUGCAAGGCAGUGGCAGAGAUACAUAGACUGUCUUGUGUAGCCUUGAGAUAGGCAAGUCUGUAGGCACCAGCUUAAGUAUAAGAAGGAUGUAGUAUAUCAUAGGGAUCCAUGUUUGUAGAAGUUCUCAUCUCAGACAGAUCUCAUCAUGUUAAUGGCUGUGUUGUCUACAUCAAAUGAACUUGUAUAACCUGAUAAUAAAGGUAAAUGUUCAUCAGUAUGAAUUGUAGGUUAGCCUUUUAGGAUGACAAAUUGAAUUGACUGGGUUCGGUACAGAGGCUAAGAUUAUGACAGAAAUUGCUUUGACCCAAGACUGAACUCACAGCCCUCUGGCAGUUAGCUAAGUAGGUGAGCCACCUGAUCCUAUUUUCUGUGAAGUGUAGGCUAAAACUGAAGUGAUAAGGCAAAACAUAAACUAGCUUGCUUAAGAAACAUCUGAAUAUGGCUUUGAAACAUUUUGAUGUGUUAUAAGGAUCCAGAUGAUGAUAAAACAUGAACUACAUAGUAACUGAAAAGACUUAUUAAUAUCCAGUUGUAUUUGAAGUGUCAUGGAAAGACUGGUUAAUCAAGGAGGCAGGAUGAACUGGCUGUGAAACCAUUGGUGGGAAUUGCACAGACUAAACACUUAAGGAAAUACAAAUCUGAUAUGCCACUAGUGCAACCGUAAGUCCUGCCUGACCUAUAGCCUCUUGGUACAUUAACACUGCUUUCCAGCUACAGUGCAGUACUAGCAUGCUAAACACCCUUAUGAAUGAAAAUGCAUUAGAGAAAGCAGCCAAUUUCAGCCAAUAAAGAAGAAUGCUAUCAUAUUAUAAGAUUUUCAUACAUUUUGCUAGAUGGCACCACAUGCAUUGACACCAGCAGACCCACCACCAACUUGCCUCCAGUGCCCCGGUACCCUUGACUGUCAGGCAGAAAGGUGGUGGUGGUGGUGGUGGUGUGUACUUUCCUGUUCCUAGUGGUGAAGCACUGCUUGUCUGUAAAUGUUCCACACAAGCCUGUGACAUUGCACAAAGUGAUCUGACAGCUUUGUUGUUUUGUAUCUUGUUUCAUCAGGUGGAGAUUUGGUAUGAGUUAUUAGGGAAAUGGUUGCAGUCCUGGUAUGUUUAUUCUAUCUUACUCUUUUUGCUCAUCCUUUUAACCCCUUCAGUACCAUGCUGUGUUUCAAUAUUCAUUCUGCUUACUAUUUGAUGAUUUUACACAGAUUCAGAAACUUGUGUAGCAAUUAGAAUAGUGAAGGCUGUUACCAUUAAUUUCCCAUAGACUCUUCCUAAUGUUAACAAAGUCAUCUAAUCAUAGUCAAAACUCAUGGUAAAAAUGCAUCCCAGUACUGAAGGGGUUAAGAAAAUCCAUAAGCACUGGUUAUUUUUUUCAUUGUGCAUUUCAGUUAAGUACUGCUUUGUUUACUGUGUCUUGCAUCUCUAGUGGAUUCCUAAGAAAAUACAAUAAAAUUCACUGAAAUCUACAAUAUACUAAUUAACUUCUUUCACUUAAAUUUAUUGCAUUCCUCACUAACUGCCUUAGAUCACUAUUUCUAAUUUUAUUUAUUUAUUUUAUUUAUUUAUUUAUUUUUUGGUUUACUGCUUGUUUUGCUUCCUCUUCAAUCCUUCACUGGACUUCUCAUCUCCUUUUACUCACACCUCUCAUCCUGGUGUUCUUUUCUUUUUAGGGCAAUGAGGAGUUAUGUUGGUUUGCUCUGCUGAUGUAGAAUAGCAAAGCAGACAUAGUAACAGUGUGUGCACAGAUACUACUUUGUAUAUAUACAGUUUUCAUCAGGCCAGUUAUGAGUAUUGAUUUCACGAUGAAAAAUUUGGUAAAGUGAGUAUAUAAAAAUUUAAUUUUGUAUUUUUCACUUAUGUGCCUAUCUUUUACUUAUUCUUAGGAAUUGUGCAAUGUAUUUAUUUGAAGACAUGCUAGGAGGGAGGUGCUGCAAUGCACUGGUGGUGGUAGGAGGAUUAGGAAUUUGCUACAUAGUUUCCAUGCACUUCCUCCUUCCACACCUUCACACUCGCCCAUCUUUUCCUCCUUAUCCAUACUAUAUGUCACUUGUCAAAUCUUUUGAGUGCAUCCAUAUAUUUCCUGAUGCUUUUUCAUAAUAAUCUUGCACCUCCUUCUGUACCCUCCAUGAUCCACAACCCUGCAAUUUAUUUCCUCCUCCUUGCUUGCUGUUAUGCCUCCUGCACCUUCCUUCCAUUUCUGACACUUGUAUCUAUCAUCUAACAUCUUUACAUUGUAACUCAACCUAAUUUCUUUUCUUUUGUUGCUUCUCCUGCAUCUUCCUUCCUCACUCUAACUCCUUAACAUUCUUCCUCACCCUUAUUUUUCCUUUUAUUCCUCCUCCUACAUUUUAUUUCCUCAUCCUGACUGUGACCUCUACCUUUAAACAUUCUAAUAUUUUUCCUCACCUUGAUUUUUCCUCAUAUAUCCUUUCACACCUUCCUAAAACUAGCAUCAACUUUCUACCAUUCUUGCUCUCUUUAUGUUUCCUUCUACUUCCUUCCUCCAAACCCUGAGACUUCAUUAUCUUCUGAUAAACAUCCACUAUCCUCACAUUCUUUUCACUAGCUAAAUCUUUCUAUUUAUUCCUCUCUGAACAUCCUCACAAUCUAUUUCACUUGCUCCACACUGUCAUGCCCUCCUGCUCUCCUACACACUCACACCCAUGCCAAUACACUCCCUCCUGUCUGCUUUCUCACUCUAACUGUCAUACCACCUAAGUGUGCUUUGUGUAUAUCUGUGACAUCAGUGUAUGUGCUAAAGUAGUAUUAUGUAAAACUUCCCCAAUCCUCCAUCAGUCUAGCAGAUGCUACAGAAUACAUGUUACUGUACUACUACUACUAUUACUCUUACUACUACAAGAGUUAUUUUUUUAUGUGAAAUUAACUUAUCUUUUGAAGAGAAAAAAUAUUUAUGAGAUUUAGUAAAGAUGCUGAAUAAUCUUAAUCAUCAUACAAGUGCAUAUACUCCCUAUAAUGUAAAUACUGCAUACCUUGUUGGCUUGUAUGGUUAUAUUAAUAUAUAUUUUGUUUAUACAUACAUUAGUUAUUGUCAUCAGGAGUCAAGUAACCUUAUCCAUUCACUUCCACUGUUGUUUAUUCUACCCUCAGUCUUAGUCGUCUCAUCUGCUUGUAAUCUCCUUAGCAAACCUGACUGUUGAUGGAUUUUUUGCAGAUCAGAUGACUAGAAAUAGAUGUAAAGACACAUGACACAGUGGUAUUGAGUGGCAUAUGACCUUCCCUCUAUGACUAUACAUGGAUGCAUAGACCACAUCACCUAUUUUUGACCACAUCACCUAUUUUUGAAUCUUGAACUAAUGUGUAGCAGCAGCAUACUAACCUAAGACUUCAUCUUGUAUGGGAGUGCACAAGUAUCAUAUAUAUACACCGGGAAAGACAAUCCUAAUCUUCUUCAGUCUUUUGAGUCAUUACACUAACGGAUUUAUAUACAAACAGAAAGGAUACCUCAGGGCGAAGGGACGGGACUUGGCUUGGCAGGGAGGUAGGGUGGCAAAGGGGCUGGACUCUUGACCAUAAGGAAGGAUGGAGUGGGUGGAGUGUGUGUUGAGUGGUGAGUGCCAGUGAGUGAGUGGUGUAGUAUCUUUGCACUCUUCCCCUUAACACUAGCUGGAAGGGAAUGACUUGAUUGCCCAGGUUAAAUGAGCAAAAACAUUUCUUUGAUUAGCUUGAGUGGAUUGCCUUAGCUGGGAUAAAUGACCUGGAAUGACCUUGGUUGUCCAGUAUGAAUUGAUUUUCCACCUGGUGUGAGCUACGAUGACCUUUGUGGUAUAGCAGUACAAGUUCAUUUUCUUAUCUGGUGUGACCUCAGACAAAGUUGAUUUACUUUGAGAGGAUUGAACUAUCAGGUAUGAGUUCAGAUGACCUCAUGUCCAGAGCAAGUGGAUUUCCCCAGCUAGUGUGACCUUAGAUGAACAGCUUGAGUGGUCGGACCUGUAUUUGAUCCACAGUGACGGGGGAAGAGUAGUGUGGCGGAGGAAGAUUGUGGGAGGCAGGAAGGAAGACUGGAGACUGGGGAGUUGUGUUAUGGUCAGUAAGGAGACGAGUGACUAGUCCUCCUAAAUAUUAUUGUUCUUAGGUUUACAACUCUAUUAUUAUGUGUGAACCAAAAAAAGUUGUCAUUCAGUUACUCAGAGAUGUUCAACAGUUAUUGUUAGUUAAAGAUGUCUUUAAGGUUAUUCCAUUAUGAAUAUUAUGUUUUAAUGAAGAAUAGAUUAAUGCAAUACAAACAUAUUCAUUUGUGUUAUAGGUCUGCAUAGUACAUCCUGUCAUGUUUUCAUUGUUUGCCUUUCUGGUCAAACUGCAAAUACUGGGUUAAAUGUAGUCUGUAUGUACAUUGUAUUCUAACAAAAAACUCAAAUGUAAGAUAACAUGAAUAAUAUUCACCAAUGUCAUGAGCAGAGUAUGUACAUCAUGUUAUGUUUGCAUAGUGACCCCUUCUGGUCAAACUGCAAAUAAUAUAAUGACUUUACACUUUAUGUUCAAACAAAAAACUCAUUAAAAGUAACAAAGAACCCAAUAAGCUCAUCAUUGUUUUACAGAUCUUCUGCUCCAAAAGAAUAGUGAUAUUUCUAGUAAGUUUACAUUGUUGUUUAUGGCAACAUGUCUUCUCUUCCACAAAAGUAAUUAUGUAUCUAUAAAGUAAA